AUGGAUCAAGCAAUCCAACUCUAUUCUCCUCCUACUCUUCAUAUCUCUAAUUGCGUUACUGUGCAACUAACAGAGAAAAAUUAUUUACUCUGGAAAACACAGUUUGAGUCGUUUCUCUCUGGUCAGAAUCUUCUAGGCUUUGUUAAUGGAGCCUUUCCACAACCGCUCGCCUCCAUUCAUGUUCCUGCGAUCGAUGGUCAAGUCAGCCACGUUACAAAUCCAGACUUUCUAGCUUGGCAUCGUGCAGAUCAGGUGGUCCGUGCUUGGCUGCUUGGAUCUCUUUCUGAAGACAUUCUGCGAGAUGUUGUUCAUACUAUUACAUCUCGAGAUCUCUGGUCCGCCUUGGCUCAACACUUCAACAAGGUAUCAGCUUCUCGUCUAUUUGAACUACAACACAAGCUUCAGACUGUCGAGAAGUUAGAUAAGUCAAUGGAUGAGUAUCUCAAAGAAAUAAAGAGGGUUUGCGAGCAACUUGCCUCUAUAGGAAGUCCGGUCAGUGAACAGAUGAAGAUAUUUGCUGCUCUCAAAGGUCUUGGAAGGGAAUAUGAGCCUAUGAAAACCUCAGUAGAAGGAUCAAUGGACGCUCAGCCUUCUCUGACCUUGGAUGCUGUGAUUUCAAGGCUCACCAGUUACUCUGACCGUCUUGCAAGUUACCACAGUGGCUCAGAAGUUUCCCCUCACAUGGCGUUUAACACCAUUACUGCUUCGUCUGGCUACUACAGCAGCAAUAGAGGCAGAGGCAACUCUCGCUAUGGCAACAACCGUGGCAGGAAUAACUUCACAACAAAGGGAAGAGGCUUCCAUCAGCAAAUAUCCCAAGAACCUGGUGGAACCAACAAAGUAAUCUGUCAGAUCUGUGGUAAACCAGGACAUCCAGCUUCAAAAUGCUGGCAUCGAUUUGAUAACAGUUACCAGUUUGACAACGUACCACAGGUUUUAGCUGCUCUCCGGGUUACUGAUGUUACUGAUCACAAUGGAAACGAGUGGGUGUUAGACUUUGGAGCUACGACUCACGUAACUAACUCUCCUCAUCACCUACAACAAGCUCAGGUUUAUGAAGGAAAUGAGUCAGUCAUGAUGGGAGAUGGAAGCUUUCUACCUAUCACUCACACUGGAUUAUACUAA